CAUCAGCAUCUUUGUUUAUCACGGCGGCAGGGAGGAGCCGCCGCUACUGCCUGAACAAGUAUCCUGGUAGUCUUUUAUCAGCUCUCUGGCACUCUGGGCGUACAAUUUCGCUGUUCGGUGCACCUAUUUCUGUCCCAAAGAAAUAUGUCGGCCAAUGGAAGUGAAGCCGGAGCGGACUGUACGGACGCGAGGCAAAGCGGCAGAGAGCAGCCAGCUGGCUUCUCUUCUGUUCCCAUGGGAGUUGAUGCUAAGUCCUCCUCCCACAGCUUCAGGUACAGCCUCCACUUCCCCAGCAUAGGCCAGUGCGUCAUCAUCAACAACAAGAACUUUGACAAACGCACAGGCAUGAAUCAGCGGAAUGGCACUGACGUGGAUGCAGCCAACGCAUCCAAAGUGUUUUCUAAGCUGGGAUAUAAAGUGAAGGUCUACAACGAUCAGACAGUCGGUCAGAUAGUUCAGGUUCUGACUGCAGUGUCUAAGGAAGAUCACAGCAAAUCAGCCUCCUUUGUCUGCGUCCUCCUGAGUCAUGGAGAUGAAGGCGUGUUUUUCGGCACGGAUGACUCCGUAGAGCUAAAGCACUUAACGUCUAUUUUUCGAGGCGAUUGUUGUAAAACUCUGGUGGGAAAACCAAAACUUUUCUUUAUUCAGGCAUGCAGAGGCACCGAUCUGGAUGAAGGUAUUGAGUCAGACAGUCCAGGAGGAACCACUAAGAUCCCUGUGGAAGCAGACUUCCUGUAUGCCUACUCCACAGCUCCAGGUUACUACUCCUGGAGGAACACGACGACCGGCUCCUGGUUUAUCCAGUCACUGUGUGAAAUGAUCAGCAUGUAUGGGAAACAGCUGGAGCUGCAGCACAUCAUGACGCGUGUCAACCACAAGGUGGCGGUGGAGUUCGAGUCUGUCUCCUAUUCACCAGGCUUUCAUGCAAAGAAGCAAAUCCCUUGCGUUGUGUCAAUGCUGACCAAAGAGAUGUAUUUCUUCUAAGCUGUGAUGGGGGAAAAAAAAAAAUCAAAUUUCUUGGGAUCAAAAAGUGAUGCAACAUCUUAGUUUCAUCUGCCUGGCUUGGCAUUAUUAGUUUCUCACUCUGUGGACUAGUUCUAAAGGAAUUCACCUUUUUGCAUCACAGCAGCCUGUUUUGUUAUUUGUACACAACCUUAAAAAGGUUGUUUUUUAAAGCAGUUUCAGUGCUAAAUGAAGUCCUAUAAAGGAUCUGGGUACGUGUUUCUCUGAUGGGCUUUGUGAGGUCACACUCGUCGUUUUGGUCAAAAUAAACUACACAUUUCAGGGAAAUAUUUUAUUUGUGUAAUCAUGGAGCCAUGAGUGGAGUUGUAGGCUGUGUGUGAGCAGUGUGAUGGUUUAAUGAGGGAAUUAUGUGUCUUUUUUGUUUUUAUGCAUGUUCUUGUUUUCUCCACUUUUGUUUCAGAUUGUGCAAAAAAACGUAUAAUCAUUCAUUUACUGAUGGUCGUGUAAAGCAAAUGUAAACGCCUGUGAACUCAGGAGCAUCCAUUUGAACUGUGUUGUGAUUUUUAGGUGCUAAACCUCAGAAAUGCUUAUGUUUCUGAAUGUGGAUUUUUUUUUUAUUCACUGAUGAAUAGGAACACAAGUGUAAAAGAUCCAUAAAUACUUUUUAUUCCUUUGAGAGAUGGUUAGACUAUGUUCUUUAUUAAUGUUUAAAAGUGAAUAAUUGGCUGGGUUGACCUCGGGAGAAAAAUGGAUCAUUAGAAGUAGUUUUUGUGUAUUGCCCCACAAGGGGGAGGCAAAAAUAAAGUUCCCCCAAAACACAAAAAUUACCAAGCUGUCAUUUUUUAAUUUCAUAUUUUACUUAGUUUUUCCCACUCUAAAAAACAAAACAAAAUAAAGUUAGGAUGCGUCUUUUUAAAACUCAGUUUUAAGCAUGCUAGAGGAACCCUGGAGUUGAAAUGUUUUUGAUAAAUCAACUUUUACCUUCCAUUUUUCUCAGGUGAGAGUUUUGGCACCAUUUUCUCAUAAUCUGUGUCAAUUUUCACAACAAAGUUUCAACAAGCUGUAUUUUUAAAAACCGGUGACGGACAUUCCCAAGUGAAAUAGCUUUCUCUAAACAUCUUUCUUACAUUUGUUUAGGAAGAAAACGUUUUAUAAGAAGCCAUGUUGUGAACUUAGUACUUUUUCUUUGUGAAAUAAAAAGCAUUUUAGCUGUG